AUAAGUAUAUAUGCCUAAAUAUAUAGGGUAUUGUGGGAUUAGCGUGAGUGUUUAUUCUAUAGAUAAAAAUAGUUUAAUAUGUUAUAUUAUUCCAGGAUCUUUGAGUUGUCAAUUCGUGUUCGAGGUUGCAGAGCUCGAGAGGACUGCGUUGGGCACACUGUUGCUUGUGCAAAACCAUGUCAACCAAUUCCAAGAUCUGAAGUUGUGCUAAGAGAGGACGAACAUCAUGAGGAGUCGCAGUAAUUCCGGGGUCAAGCUUGACAACUAUGCCCGGAUCGUGCAACAGACGAUACUGAGUCAUCAAGAUCCAGUGACAGGGCUUAUGCCAGCAAGCGGGGAUCAGCCUGAUGCCUGGGUACGCGAUAACGUUUACAGCAUCCUGGCUGUGUGGGCUCUCAGUCUGGCCUAUCGCAAGAACGCUGACCGAGAUGAGGACAAAGCCAAAGCCUAUGAGCUGGAGCAGAGCGUGGUUAAACUAAUGAGAGGAGUCCUGCAGUGUAUGAUGAGACAGCUGAACAAAGUGGAAAGGUUCAAAUACAGCAAGAGCACCUCGGACUCCCUCCACGCCAAGUACAACACGCGCACCUGUGCUACUGUGGUGGGCGACGAGGAGUGGGGGCAUCUGCAGGUGGAUGCCACUUCACUCUUCCUGCUCUUCCUAGCCCAGAUGACUGCCUCAGGCCUGCAUAUUGUUUACACACAGGACGAGGUGGACGUAGUUCAGAACCUGAUGUUCUACAUUGAGGCAGCAUAUAAAGUUGCAGAUUAUGGUAUGUGGGAAAGAGGUGACAAGACAAAUCAGGGAAUCCCAGAGAUCAAUGCCAGCUCUAUCGGCAUGGCCAAGGCUGCACUAGAAGCUUUGGAUGAACUGAACCUUUUUGGUGCCAAAGGAGGUCCAGGGUCUGUGCUCCACGCUUUGGCGGAUGAUAUACAGCACUGUCAGUCCAUCCUCAAUUCCAUGUUGCCGAGGGCCUCAACAUCCAAGGAAAUUGAUGCAGGGAUCCUCUCCAUCAUUUCGUACCCAGCCUUUGCAGUGGAGGACAUUAGUAUUGUCAACAUCACAAAGGAGGAGAUCAUUGCCAAACUUCAGGGAAGGUAUGGAUGCUGCAGGUUCCUCAGAGAUGGCCACAAAACCCCGAAAGAGGACCCCAACAGGCUCUACUACGAGUCUGCAGAGCUGAAGCUCUUUGAGAACAUAGAGUGUGAGUGGCCUCUGUUCUGGACAUACCUCAUCCUGGAUGGGAUCUUCAUCAACAGCCCAGAGCAGGUUCAGGAGUACAGAGAGGCUCUGGAAGGGAUUCUCAUCAAGCAGAAAGAUGGUGUCCGCCUCCUACCUGAGCUCUACAGCGUCCCUCCAGACCGGGUGGAAGAGGAAUAUGUUAAUCCCCAUUCAGUGGACAGAAUUCCGAUGGGGAAGCUCCCUCUCAAGUGGGGACAGUCACUUUACAUCUUGGGCAACCUACUUGCUGAGGGCUUCCUGGCCCCUGGUGAGAUUGACCCACUCAAUCGGAGAUUUUCCACCAUCCCAAAACCUGAUGUCGUGGUUCAGGUGUGUAUCCUGGCGGAGACGGAGGAGAUUAAGGAACACCUUCAGAAGCAUGGAAUUGAUGUAGAGACUGUGGCGGACAUCCAUCCGAUUCGAGUGCAGCCGUCAAGAGUGCUGAGCCACAUCUAUGCAAGGCUUGGCCGCAACCCCAGACUAGGACUGACUGGAAGGCCGUACCGUCGCAUGGGAGUUCUGGCAACCUCUAAGUUCUACAUCAUCCGCAGUACCAUCUUCUCCUUUACCCCUCAGUUCAUUGACCACCAGCAGUUUUACCUGGCUCUGGAUAACCGAAUGAUUGUGGAAAUGCUGCGCACUGACCUGGCCUACCUCUCCUCUCGCUGGCGAAUGACCGGCCGCCCCACUGUCACCUUCCCCAUCUCUCAGACCAUGCUCACUGAAGACCACUCGGACCUGGAUCCUGCUGUACUGUCUACGAUCAAAAAAUUACAAGAGGGCUACUUCGGAGGAGCUAGGAUACAGACGGGGAAGUUGUCAGAGUUCCUGACGACUUCCUGCUUUGCUCACCUGAGCUUCAUGGAUGGCGGUAAGCAGGGACAGGGCACCUGUGAAAGUGACGACGAGGAUGAUGAAGUCUGCAUUGAUGAAGAAGCAGUGCAUGAUUUAAACUUUGAUGAGUCUGAUGACCUGACACAGUACCUAGACCAGCUGCUGGCCAUGACUGCGCCCAGGCCCAGCCACAAGGCCAGCCGUGCGAAGGGCAGCCUCACCCGCUUCAAGUCCGCCGCCCGCAAGACCCGCGAAAUGGUCUCCCUCGUGGCCAAGGCCAAGGACCUCAAAAUCGACAAUGUGCAGAUGUUCCUGCCCAGCAAGCUGUUCCACUCCCCCCAACCGUCUCUCAACCUGACGGACGUGGAGUCCCAUGAGAACCGGGGCCCCCAGGCGCAGGCGGUCUCCGAGUGCAACCUGCCCAGGGACUCGAGCGGGAACAUUGACUAUGAAGCCCUGACACAGGUGCUGAAGGAGACGGAGAACCUGCAGGACCAGUCGGACAUCCUCUACAUCCUCUUCAAAGACAAGGGUAUGGACUGGGACACGAAGGUGCAUGGGAAGGGUACGACAGUGAGGAGCCUGCUCACAGAGCUGUACGAGAAGGCAGGAGACCUGCGGCAGUGGAGCCUCAUCCGCAUGACCUCUGGACUGCUGCGCAAGAAGGUGGAGGAGCUGGAUGAGGCUUGCUCCGAUCUUCUCGCCCAUCAGAAGCACCUGACGGUGGGAUUACCCCCAGAGCCGCGGGAAAAGACCAUCACAGCCCCUAUGCCUCCGGACGAGCUGGCGAAGUUGAUUGAUGAAGCGAGUGAAAGCAACAUCAGCAUUGCUAUACUAACACAGGAGAUCAUGGUUUUCCUGGCCAUGAACAUCCGCACCCAGCCCAGUCUCUUCAGCGAGAUGUUCCGCCUGAGGAUUGGACUCAUCAUCCAGGUCAUGGCCACUGAACUUGCCCAGUCGCUCAACUGCUCAGGUGAGGAAGCCACAGAGAGUCUUAUGAGCCUGAGUCCCUCAGAGCUGAAGAACCUCCUGCACCACAUCCUCAGUGGGAAAGAGUUUGGGGUACAGAAAAGCAUGCGCGCUGGGGACACUGGCAUCAGUCCAGCCAUCUCCAUCCAUGAGAUGGGGAACGUGGGUGCCACCAAGAGUGAGAGGGCUGGCAUCAGUAAGCUGAAGAGCGACAUGAAGAUGAUGGAGGAGCGUAGGUUGUCAUUGGUGGACCAGAGCCAGAGUUUACCUACACAUUCACUUGACAUGGAGCACAUUGAGUCAGGGCGAUACAAAUUCCCAUCCCUGGAGACGUUUGAGGGCUCUUUCUGCGUGCUCCCGGCCCGAGACAGUCGACACGGACAGUGGCUGCGCAGGAGAAGGUUGGACGGGGCCCUCAACAGAGUCCCCGUUGGCUUCUACCAGAAAGUGUGGAAGAUCCUGCAGAAGUGUCAUGGUCUGUCUAUUGAGGGGUUUGUUCUCCCAUCUUCAACCACUCGAGAGAUGACCCCCGGCGAGAUUAAGUUUGCAGUGCACGUGGAGACCGUGUUAAACCGCGUUCCACAGCCUGAGUACAGGCAGCUGCUCGUGGAGGCCAUCUUAGUGCUCACUAUGCUUGCCGACAUCGAUAUACAGAGCAUCGGCAGCAUUAUUCACGUGGAGAAGAUUGUCCACAUCGCUAAUGACAUGUUCUACCAGGACCAGAAAGACCUGGGAGCAGAGGAGAGCAUUCUAGAAAGAGACCACUCUACUGAGAUCUGCAAGCUGCUUUAUGACAGUGCACCCAGUGGUCGAUACGGCAGCAUGACUUACCUCACCAAGGCUGUGGCCACCUAUGUCCAGGACUUCCUGCCAAGCGGCGCUUGUGCCCUGCAGUGAUGUGGCAUCUGUGAAUGUAUAUAGGUCAACCGGUCUUGUGCGAAACCCUGCAGCAGGUCACCCAGGCAGCUCUCCUGUCACAUAUGAGUAGGAGUAGUCCCUUAGUGUGGCAUCAACAUAGGUCAGUUUCCACUGUAUACUCUGGUGUUAGGACUGCUGAUUAGAAUCAUUUUAAUGCUGUCGAACACUACUUAAGUUAUUAUUUGUCUAUGCUCAUAGUAGAUAGUAUUUGGAUUUUGUUAUGAAACAUAUUUUGUUUGAUAGGAAUUUCCCUCUUUGUCAGCAUGUGCCUUGGAAGAGCAUUUUGCUUUCUUGCAAAGCAGAGGUUUAGGCUUGGAAUGUACCUCUGACCCUCUUUAGUCAUUUUUUAUAAAUGCACUGUUUUUAAAAAUAUGUUUGUUUUAAUAUCAAUUAUUGUUGAAUAAACAGAAUGAAAAAGUGUACCAGUUGGAGGAAGUAAUGUGGAGCAGCACGUUUGAAAGAAAGCAUACAAUAUACUGUUGGUAGAUUACACUGUUCUUUUUUUCAACAGAUCCUUUUGUUGUUUAAGCUCUUUUUACAGGCUGACUCCAUAUUCAAAGAUCAGGACUCUGUGUUAUUUAAAAUAGCAUAAUAUGAAUUACUGUAUUUAAGCAGACUGUUGUCUCUGAAGCGUCAUGUAUAACGUCACGUCCGCCAUUUUGAAGUUAGCGCACUUGAAACGAAUGAGUUCAAUUAAGUGAAUUUAAUGUUACACUCCUGACUAAAGCCACUUUGACUAACUGUUUUCUUUUAAGACAGUUUCAUGUGUCUGUGGCCAUAUAGGUAAAUGUAACAUGCUAUUACAUGCUGUAAAACUUAUCUUAAUUGCACUUUAUGUAAACAAGCAUAAUAAAAAUUACAUUUAAUUAC